AUCUCAACUAGAAAGCCCAACUGUUCAGUGGAACAGGCUGGCUUGGCAAGAAAAUUUGAGUCAGCACCAGCGACAGCUCUGCAGUCCUCCAGUGUAGUGCAGAUCAGGUGGUUGCAGAGCCCCAGCUCGCAGCAAUACGAUGCAGCUGAAGAGGCAAGCACAACCCCCAGACAGCAACUGUAGCUACUCUCCAUUCGGAGACGACCUCUAAGCUGCAAUCUUUCAGAGAUGAUGAUGUGCUGAGACUGCAGGGGAGACUCCGGCAGCAAUGGAAUACCAGAUAUUGAAUCCAUCUACCUGUCUGCUGCUCCUUCUGUUUUUCAUACCCACUGUUUUGGGUACCUGUCCUUCUAACUGUACAUGCUCAGGAAACGACAGGAAUGUGGACUGCUCGGGCAGGAACUUAACUGUGCUGCCACAUGGACUUCAAGACAACAUCACCUAUUUAAAUCUGUCCUUUAACCAGUUUGUAGAUCUGGAUCAUCAACUAACCAGGUUCACCAAUUUGAGGACCCUUGAUAUUUCAAAUAAUUGGCUCAAGAAUGUUCCUGCUCACCUGCCCAAGUCCUUAUGGGAAUUAUAUGCCAUAAACAACAACAUUAAAGUUCUCCAGAAACUCGACACAGCUUACCAGUGGAAUCUGAGAGUGCUGGAUGUUUCCAGGAACAUGGUGGAAAGAGCUGUCCUGAUCAACAACACCCUGAGCAGUCUCAAGUUUCUCAAUCUCAGCAGUAACAAACUUUGGACAGUUCCAACCAACAUGCCCUACAACAUCGAGACGGUGGAUCUGUCCAAUAACUUCCUGUCCCAGAUCCUUCCAGGAACACUGCUGAGACUCCAGCACCUCACAAGCCUCUACCUGCACAACAACAAGUUCACCUACAUUCCUGACAAAGCUUUUGACCAGCUCCUUCAGCUGCAAGUGGUGACACUAUACAACAACCCCUGGUCCUGCAGAGACACACAGAACAUCCUCUACUUGCUGAGCUGGGUGCAGACAACGGCUGCCAGCGUCGUGGGGGCUCCCUGUGCUGACCAGGCUGUGCUCCGGGCCAGUGCCAUCCCAGCCUCAGCCACUUCCACCCAUGCAGACUCCAGCUUCAUGAUUAAGGGCAUGAAGGCAGCAGACAAAGUUACUUCUCCAGUGGCAGCUGAACCAACCAAAAUGACCAAAAUGCAUAAACAGUUGAAAGCCAAGGAGGACACUCCCUUGGUGACCUUAAGCCAAGCGGUAGUGCUGGCCAGCACGGAGCGACCGCUGCUCCUCUACCCAGAAGCUCUGCCCACCAGGCAGGUGAGCUCGCAGGAAGCAGCAGCCACACACACAAUCUACAUCAAAGAUCCAGUCGAGGUCAACUCGAGCCUGACUCGCUCAGCAGGCUCAACCACUACUCCUAUGACUUUGAGUAUCACCAGUGGAAUGCCAACAAACUACUCCAGAAUGCCUCAAAGCACAACUGCUACCUUAAGGAAGGAGGAAUCCACCACCAAUGCCCUGAACACUCGUGUGCCCUCCUCAGCCAGUGGCUGUCAGCUCUCUUUGGUGUCUCUUGUGAUGCUUAACGCAGUGGUAAUGUUUGCUGGUUAAGGGCUUGCACCCCAUGAAAAGGAUCGAAGUUAUCGCUGUGAUACGUGGCUGGGGCUAAGAGAUCCAGCUGAAACGAAUCAAACCACAAGAAAUUCCAAGCUCUGACUCUGAUCUGAAGAAAAUAACAGUUCUUCACUUAAGAAGUGCACACUAAUGUCUUGAGACUAAGCUGCUACUUAUUUUCCUAUGUCUUAACCGAGUAAACCUAACCUAGGAUUUUGUUUUUAAAACUGUGCUUAUUUUGUAUUUCGAUUUUGAAGUUUACUUGCACAGAAUAAACCAUUCUGAAUUUUAAGUACUGAUUUUCUGUAUGAUUUUUGUCAUUAAACAACUGGAAAAAAAAAAACAGCAAACAAAAACCAAACCAAAAUAAAAGGCCUGUAUCAUAUCUGCAUUGUCUUGCUUGACUUACCAGUGAGCAACCCUUGUAAUAUAGCAGCACAGAUCCUUUGUAAGCUGUGACGACGUGCAAAAGGAAGGGGGGCAAAAACAAUAAAGGAACUAAACCUAGCUGUUGCACUAACCAGAAGUUAUCCCUCAGCAUGUGUAGCUAUGUUUGCUUCAUGUCUAUUAGGAUAUUUUCAAUAGGAAGAGUUUUGAACUCAGGCAUUAACUAUGACAAUGCCACAAUGUCUGCUAAGAGGGAGGUGAAACGAGAAGGCAGCGUGGGCCAAAAGUUCAGCAUGGGGAAAAGUGGUAGGGGCUGAUAUCUCUUUUUUGCUCUGUCUGCAGGCAAGUUAUUGCCCACUCUCCAUAUUUAAAGCAAAAGAUACAAGCAGAGGACAAACACAGGAGAUGUUCAAUGCCAUGACACUCUCCAGCAACAAGGAGCCAUCUGCACGAUUCAAUGACAUGGAGCUCCUCAGCUUUAAGUGACAUCCAAAAGCCUGGAAUGUUAAAAACUCGAUGCUUAGAAGAGCAUCUCAGAUCAGCCAGGAUGUUAUCAGACCACCAGGUCUGAUGAGCAAAGCAAAAUACAGGCUGAUGCCCAGCACCAGCUAUGUAACAAAUCGAUCCAGCAAUCAGCUGGGACAAUCCUUGAACCUCACGACUUAAAAAAGAACUAAUUCAGUCCAUGGCAUUGAACAUGCCCAAGUCCUUGCUUCCUAAGGAUGAGCAUGACUGCUGUUCUCCUGCCAUCUGCACCACCAGCAAGUAGCAAUAGUUGCACGCAUGGUUCUGGCCACUCUAGGAAAAUUAAUCAUGUGGCAGAGGUAGCUGAUAUACUACAGAUGAAGUUCUGCAAACAGCAUGAAAUGAAAACUGAAGAGCAAGUCCAUUGAGAAAAGUAUUAUCCACUUACUAGUACCAAUCUUUAGACAAGGUUUGCCAUUCAUUUCAGGCCGUUUAAUUUCCAGUUAUUGUAGCAUGAAGGUGCUGCAAAAACCCAGAAAACCUCACUGCUGAGCCUGGAGUCCUCUCUCCCUAGGUGUCAAUGAGGGCUGUAGAGCAUUUACAGCCACUGGUAUCAGAAAUCACAACUUUCCAAUUGUGAACAGUCUUUCUACAACCAGGAACGUGUUUUAAUUUCUAACAGUAACUGUUGCACAAGGAAUUUGUACAGUUAUUUCAUUGGCAUUUAAGUACCAAUAAAGCUAUGUUUGUAUUGAA